UUCUGACGGACGCAAACAUUUCUUCGAAAUGCAGAAGUGUCCGUCUUGCCCAAAGUGUCAGUCAUUUUAUUCCACUAAAGCGGUAAAAUUUACACCACAAAUUGGCCUGAAGAAGCCUAUGUCUUAUGGCAAAACUGGUACAUAUGGCCGAUCAUACCACAAACAUCCCCUCUUGUUGGACUGUGGCCACACCUUCUGUGAGGGUUGUCUCCAGGCAUUGGCCAAAGAAGACAAGACUGUUGUCAAAUGUCCAGUAGAGUCAUGCCAGGUGCUGACACCUGUUCCAGGAGAUGUGAAAGACUUAUGGCCUGACCUGUAUACUGUUGGACUUGUAGUGUACAACCAACGCACAUUAUUGGACAGAGAACUCAGUAAGAUAACACACUCACAGAUGGUACAGAAUUUGAAAAAGAAAGACACUGACAGACAAGAAAACCAAGAUAAAUACUGCAGAGAGUGUAUGCAGAAACCAGCCACUUGUCGAUGUGAGAAAUGUGAUUUCAUCAUGUGUAUGCAAUGUUUUGAUAAGAUUCAUUCAGUGUCCAACAUGCUAAAGCAACAUCAACCUGUCCCACUUUCUGCUGACCCCAAUAAUGUGGAAGGACCAAUGUGUAAACAGCACCUGGACAGGUCCAUUGAGUACUACUGCGAGGAUGACUGUAUGCCUAUCUGUUCUCGCUGUGUAAUCGUGGGUGACCACAAAGGACAUUCCAUCACAUCCAUGGAGGAGAAAAAUAAAGCAAUAUUUGCUGAUAUGGAGCCAGCUCUUCAUACAGGAACCAAAGUGUUGAAGAAACUACGAAAGGCAGAACACAUGAUAGGGACGCUGGUACCAGAUAUGAAGAUGGAGACCACUAGUGUGAUAGAGGAAAUACGAAGCCACUUUCAGUUUCUGCAUGGCAUGCUGCAGGCAAGAGAAAAACAAUUAAUAGAUGACGUGUUCACAGUAUAUAGGGGAGGUAUUGAGCCUUUAGCCACACUGAAAGACCAGAUGAAUGAAGAUAUAAGAAAGUUAGAAAUUUCCAUAAAAGCGGCCCAGAGGAUAUUGAAUAACAAUAAUGAAGUGAUUCUCAAUGCUGACGACAUUUUGUCUCAGUUACAAGGAGCCAAGGACCUGCCCUGUAUUGUACAUAAAAAAAAGGAGAAAUCCACCACCAAGAUCAGGUUUGAACCGGGAUUGUCUCUGCCUACUGCAAUUGUCAGUUACGGUGGUAUAGAUGGUUCAGUGCCCAUCAUGGCUGAGUGGCACACCAUCAGUGAGAUGCCGGAGGAAUUGAUGAUGGAUGACUGUGAGACCUCCGAAUCCGUCACUCCAGCCGAGUCAGUUGGAUCCAUCUCUGAUACAGCAACUUCAGACAUGAUGGCAGAUGAAGAUGAAUUAUCAGCUGAUGACUUCAGGCAAGCUGCACCUGAGAUCUCUAACAAGAAGUCUAAGAGGGCAAAAGCUGUGCCCAUACCUAUUCCACCUAAGGGACGAAUCAAGGGUGGCCAGGACCGUGUAUAUGUGACACAUAUCAAGAACCCUGGCAAGUUUUUUGUACAGAGAUGUGGUGAUGCUGCAGCUCUUCGUAAGCUCUCCCGACAAAUCAACAUGGCAUGUAAAAAGAAUUCAGCAGAAAUUCCAACAGAGGUAACAAAAGGGGACCUGUUACUAGGGAAAUAUACAGGUGAUAAUGUGUGGUACAGGGUUAAGGUCAAACAGGUGUUUCCUGGUGACAACAAAAACAAGAUGAAGCUGGAUGUUAUUUACCUUGAUUAUGGAAAUGUUGAGGUGAUCCCUAUUGACAGGACGAGGAGAAUGCAGCCAAAGUUUAGAGAGCAGCCUCCAUUCUUAAUGGAAUGUUGUCUGUCAGACAUUGUUCCUGUGGACAAAAAUGAAUCUUGGUCUCUUGAAGCAGUACAGACUUUUGCAAAGAUGACUGCUGAAAAGCCGUUAAUAAUGCUUGUUAUCAGUGAAGUUAAUAAUGUUCUACAUGUUGAUCUGAGUAAGCCACCAGACGAUGAUAUUGUUGACGACCGUCCCAUCUCUGUUAGAGACACACUUGUUUUCCUUGAGCUGGCUAACUUCAUCACACCUGCUUCUAAUAAUGUAGUGGGUAUGGCUGCCCCAAAACGCUGCUUCCUUUGUGCCAGUCCUGUGUCACCUGGUACUCGGUUUGAUGCCCAUCUGACAUGCAUGAUAUGUGUAGCGCGAUUCUUGGCUGACAAUACCUGGUAUCGGGCUCAGGUGUUGGCUCUACCUGGUAACAAGAUGGUAACAGUCCAGUAUGUGGACUAUGGUAACAUAGAAACUGUUGAUGUCAGCAGACUGUGUAAAAUCCUGGACAUUUACCUUAUAUUACCUGUACAGGCCCAGCAUUGCCAACUGUGUGAUAUUGCACCUACAGAGUACACACAGCAGGCAAAACGAUGGUGGAAUGAUAGAGUGACAAUGAAGCAGUUUUCCCUCAAAGUUAUGAGUGUGAAAGAGGACCACUUGUCUGUAGUGUUGUAUGAUGAUGACAGUAGUGGUUACAGUGUAAACAGUGAAUUAGUCGGUCGAGGCUUCGCCACCAGUACAGGUCCACUGUCAAAACAGCUGCCUAAAGGUGGUGUAGGGGGACUACUGACAAGCUCUGAUGACAGCUCCACAGAAAGUCAGAGUGAUCCACUUAGUAAACUCCUGGUUAGCAGCAGUCAGACCUCCUCAAGGUCAUCAACAAGGUCAAAUUCUAGAACCACUACACCUGUUGUCUCACCACAAAAGGAUUUGAGGAAAGCAAGUCAACGCUUGGAAACAUCAGUUAAGUCUGUGGCAAGGUUAGAAACCAGCAGCAAGUCAUCCCGCUCUAGUUCCAGCUCAACCUCACCUGAAAAACCAGUCACUGAGUCCAAGGUCACAAAGGUCAAGCCAACAGAUUUGUCCUUGGACAUCAAGGCUGCAGAAGCAAAGUCCAAGGCUGCAUCCAAGGAUCCCUCAGAACCAGAUUCCCCAAGCAAUAUUCAGGUCGUAAUCAGUCAUUUCCAGUCUCCAUCUGACUUCCAUGUCCAGCUGGCAUCCUCUGCAACGGACAGACUAGAGAGGAUGAUGCAAGGUCUACAGGAGGAAUACACGAACUCUGAGACGCAGUGGAUGUCUUGGAAAGUGUCCGAAUUCUGUGUCGCCAAAUACUCACAAGAUGGACGCUGGUAUCGGGGGAAAAUACAAAAAAUACUCCAUAAGAAUGUCAUGGAGGUUAGCUUGGUGGAUUAUGGGUAUACUUGUACAGUCAGUCAGAACCAGCUACGUCCUCUGGCCAGAUUCUUUCUAAAAGACAUGGCGUUUGCUUUUCACUGUCACCUGGCCAACCUGGUCCCUGCUGGAGAUGGACAGAAGUGGUCACGGACCGCGUGCGAGUUUAUGGAGGAUGCUGUCCAGGGAGUCAAGCUCUACUUAAAAAAAGAGGGAGACAUGGAGAAUUCAUCACUUGCAAUAGAUAUGUAUUUAGAGGAGUAUAUUGCAGAGAGUGCACUAGAGCCUUCUAAGCACAGAUUUAUCAGUCUCAGAGAAAAGAUCAUUGAACAAGGACUUGGCAUUCCAACCAAGAGGCGAGAGGUAAGGACAGUACCAGAAAAGGUUUUAGAGCCAACAGAGAUCAUGUUAUGUGAAGAACCCCAGGAAGUGUCUUGUGUCUAUUACUUGCCUGCUGAUCUUCCUUCCUCCUCAUCUAUUGAGGGUGUACCAACCUACAUAGACAUGGAGGGAGUUGUCUACAUACAGGACAACAUUAAUGCUCCCGUGUUGGAAAAACUUGCCAAGCGCCUAGAGAAGAAAUUUAGUGAUAGUAAACCACAUGGAUUUGAUGUGGAUUGGAAGGUUGGGCAGGCAUGUGCAGCUAAGUUUCACCUGGACCAGAUGUGGUAUCGUGCUCAGGUAGUACGGAUAGAAGUGGAUUUCAUACAGGUCAGCUUUAUAGAUUUUGGAAACACAGAAAUGGUUACACCAGACCAGCUACGAGGAGAUGUAGAAGAGUUUAUAGACACACCACAGCUGUGUUUCGAGUGUGUCCUCAACAACAUUGCCCCGAUGACGGAGAGUGGUUGUUGGCCAAUACCUGUUUUAGAUCGCAUUCACAAGUUAAUUGUCUCCAAACCUUGUGCUGUUGAGAUACUGAAAAUUGAGCCUAGUUUGCAGGCAAGUGUGAAAAUAUGUCUGGAAGGGGGAAACGAUCUUGGAGAUUUCCUCUGUUACCAUGGUAAUGCCUUUCACCCUGACAACACCAGUCAACUUGUAACUCAGAGUCAUAAAAUAGCCAUGGUUGUUGAGAAGAAAAAUCCAUACAAGACAACAGAGAUGAUGCCCCCAGGCGAGUACUUUCCUGUGAUCAUUACUCAUGUUGAGGUGCCUAAUGUGGUGUAUUUCCAACAUACCAGACAAAGUGGAUCUGAAAUGGAUGAGCGCAUGGAUGAAAUAAAUGUUCAGCUCUCCAAAUUAGAACAACUAGCUGUUGACCUGAAUGAACUUGGACCCUUAGCUGCUGCUUUACCUAAUCCAAAACCAGGCCUGAUGUGCUGUGCACAGUUUGGCUACGACCAGUGUUGGUACCGGGCAGUAGUGGUGGAACGUGACGUCAGAACAGACAUGAUCCUUGUCCUAUAUGUUGACUAUGGUACAUCAGAGUAUGUGACAGUAGACAGAGUCAGGGCUCUACCAUCAAGAUUUGGCAGUCUGCCAGCACAGUCUGUCAGAAUGACCCUAAGUGAGGUGACCCCUAAAUCACAUAAUAGACAGUGGUCAAAAGAAGUGUUGGAAGCCAUCAUGACUUCUGUUUGUAACAAACAACUUAUUGCCUGUCUCAAGAAGAUCGAUCCUCCCACUGGUGACCUGUAUGUAAUGGGUUCAUCAGCUGGUGCUGCCCUAAGCCUUGCCUACCAGGAAGUGGGUGAUAAAGGGCUGAUAACUCUGCCAGAUGAAUCAUCAGUAUAUGAUACCAUGGUUACGGAAGGUAAGAAUACAUCUGUACCUGACAUGACAACACCAGACUCGUCAGAUGUAGAGGUGAUGCACACAGGUGUGAAAGGAAUUGUCAAAGAUGAAGAGGAAAAGGACAGAGAUGAAGGGUCGUGGGCACAAGAUUCUAGUGAAGGGACUGGGGAAAAUGGUUCAAGUGAAGGGGUAUGGGAAAAGGGUAAAAGUGAAACGGCAAAGGUGAAGGACACACGUGUAGGGGUAGAUGGAAAAAAUACCGAUAAAGGAGUAGAGGACAAUACUACAGCCAGCAAUAAAACACAGGAAACCUCUCAACACGAAAAUCUUCCCACUAAUAAUGAGACCCAGAUCAUUAAUGUAGAGGACACAAGUGAUGGUGAGGAUGAUGUUAUUAUAGAGGAGGACAUGUCAUGUGACGACAUCGGUGAUAAUAAUGAUAAAUAAUAUUCUUAAUAAAGAACGUGACCAGGAAGCUGAAAUUUUCUGUGUACAUUUCUAGACAAACAAACAAAGGUAGGAUUUUAAAUCUGAUUGUGUUGAUGAGCUUUAUUUGAAAUGUAGACAAUUUACAGUGGCUGAACUUAUCACCGGUAUUGUGGAUAAAGAUCUGUAAUUUUCCAGAUCAUCAAUCUAUAUCUCGCUUUUUGUCAAGUUUCUCUUCUAGAAUCUAUGUCUUAGUGCAAUUCUCCUUUUUGUCAGAUAUUUUGUUGAUAUUUCUUCUCAGGAAGAGAACGAGAUAUUGUUAUUUAUUUUGUGCUUAGAGUAGACACUGCGGUAGAUAGUUUGCUGAGAGAACAUGAUUGUAACAACAUAAGAUGUGACAGUAUUCCUGGGGCCGGGAAGGAUGUGUGACAUUAUUCCUAACUGAGGUCAGAAAGGAUAUGACAUUAUUCCUAACUGAAGACAGAAAGGAUGUGACAGUAUUCCUAACUGAGGACAGAAAGGAUGUGACAGUAUUCCUAACUGAGGACAGAAAGGAUGUGACAGUAUUCCUAACUGAAGACAGAAAGGAUGUGACAGUGUUCCUAACUGAGGUCAGAAAGGAUGUGACAGUGUUCCUAACUGAGGUCAGAAAGGAUGUGACAGUAUUCCUAACUGAGGACAGAAAGAAUGUGACAGUAUUCCUAACUGAGGACAGAAAGAAUGUGACAGUAUUUCUAACUGAGGACAGAAAGAAUGUGACAGUAUUCCUAACUGAAGACAGAAAGAAUGUGACAGUAUUUCUAACUGAAGACAAUAUGUGCCAAUUAAAAAACUGAUUGGAGUGAAGUAUUAGAUGAGAGAGACUAAAUUGUUUAUAGUGAAGUGUUUGAUGAGACUAAAUUGUUUAUAGUGAAGUGUUUGAUGAGAGAGACUAAAUUGUUUAUAGUGAAAUGUUUGAUGAGACUAAAUUGUUUAUAGUGAAGUGUUUGAUGAGAGAGACUAAAUUGUUUAUAGUGAAGUGUUUGAUGAGAGAGACUAAAUUGUUUAUAGUGAAGUGUUUGAUGAGAGAGACUAAAUUGUUUAUAGUGAAGUGUUUGAUGAGAGAGACUAAAUUGUUUAUAAUGAAGUGUUUGAUGAGACUAAAUUGUUUAUAAUGAAGUGUUUGAUGAGACUAAAUUGUUUAUAGUGAAGUGUUUGAUGAGAGAGACUAAAUUGUUUAUAGUGAAGUGUUUGAUGAGAGAGACUAAAUUGUUUAUAAUGAAGUGUUUGAUGAGAGAGACUAAAUUGUUUAUAGUGAAGUGUUUGAUGAGAGAGGCUUAAUUGUUUAUAGUGAAGUGUUUGGUGAGAGAGGCUAAAUUGUUUAUAGUGAAGUGUUUGGUGAGACUAAAUUGUUUAUAGUGAAGUGUUUGAUGAGAGAGGCUAAAUUGUUUAUAAUGAAGUGUUUGGUGAGACUAAAUUGUUUAUAGUGAAGUGUUUGAUGAGAGAGACUAAAUUGUUUAUAAUGAAGUGUUUGGUGAGAGAGGCUAAAUUGUUUAUAGUGAAGUGUUUGAUGAGAGAGGCUUAAUUGUUUAUAAUGAAGUGUUUGAUGAGACUAAAUUGUUUAUAGUGAAGUGUUUGAUGAGAGAGACUAAAUUGUUUAUAAUGAAGUGUUUGGUGAGAGAGACUAAAUUGUUUAUAGUGAAGUGUUUGGUGAGAGAGACUAAAUUGUUUAUAAUGAAGUGUUUGAUGAGACUAAAUUGUUUAUAGUGAAGUGUUUGAUGAGAGAGGCUAAAUUGUUUAUAGUGAAGUGUUUGAUGAGACUAAAUUGUUUAUAGUGAAGUGUUUGAUGAGACUAAAUUGUUUAUAGUGAAGUGUUUGAUGAGAGAGACUAAAUUGUUUAUAAUGAAGUGUUUGGUGAGACUAAAUUGUUUAUAAUGAAGUGUUUGAUGAGACUAAAUUGUUUAUAGUGAAGUGUUUGAUGAGAGAGGCUAAAUUGUUUAUAAUGAAGUGUUUGGUGAGAGAGACUAAAUUGUUUAUAGUGAAGUGUUUGAUGAGAGAGGCUAAAUUGUUUAUAAUGAAGUGUUUGGUGAGACUAAAUUGUUUAUAGUGAAGUGUUUGAUGAGAGAGGCUUAAUUGUUUAUAGUGAAGUGUUUGGUGAGAGAGACUAAAUUGUUUAUAGUGAAGUGUUUGAUGAGAGAGGCUAAAUUGUUUAUAAUGAAGUGUUUGGUGAGAGAGACUAAAUUGUUUAUAAUGAAGUGUUUGAUGAGAGAGGCUAAAUUGUUUAUAAUGAAGUGUUUGGUGAGACUAAAUUGUUUAUAAUGAAGUGUUUGAUGAGAGAGGCUAAAUUGUUUAUAAUGAAGUGUUUGGUGAGAGAGACUAAAUUGUUUAUAGUGAAGUGUUUGAUGAGAGAGGCUAAAUUGUUUAUAAUGAAGUGUUUGGUGAGACUAAAUUGUUUAUAGUGAAGUGUUUGAUGAGAGAGGCUUAAUUGUUUAUAGUGAAGUGUUUGGUGAGAGAGGCUAAAUUGUUUAUAAUGAAGUGUUUGGUGAGAGAGACUAAAUUGUUUAUAGUGAAGUGUUUGAUGAGAGAGGCUAAAUUGUUUAUAGUGAAAUGUUUGAUGAGAGAGGCUUAAUUGUUUAUAGUGAAGUGUUUGAUGAGAGAGGCUAAAUUGUCUACAGUGAAGUUAGGGACUACAUGAACUACUUACUAUAAAUACAGCUGUAUGAUCAAUGGCAUUAUACAAUUAUUUUACUGUUGUUGUUUUUUUCUAAUUUUUUUUUUUUUUUUGCUGUUUUUUUAUUUUGUACAAACAAAGGAGAAAAUCAUGUUACUUGUAUUAGUUAUUAGGAAUUGAUGAGAAAAUCCACUUCUGUUUAAGUAAGCCUGCUUCUCAUUAUAUGAUAUAGGCACUCUUCAUUGUGUUGUUAUUCAAUAAAGAAUUAACCUCGGACCUCUAUAAAACAGAGUAUAUUGCAUUAAUCAGUUGAUUAACGUAUGUCAGGUCUGAAACUGUUGUCGUUGAAACCUAGUCGAUACC